AUGAACAUGGCUGAGGGAAAUAUAACACCUGACGUUCUAGAACAUUUAUCUCAAAGAACUACACAGAACCAUAGAGAUGGUAUAUUUUGUGAAGAGUUUAGAAAGAAAGUUAGGGAGAGAGAAGGAAGAGAACCUAUUGUACAUGACCUUGCAAACGAAAGUUUGCAAAAUGUCAUAAAAACUUACUUUGCAGACAAUGAACUGAGAAGGGAUGAAUAUUUAAGAAAACUCAAAUGGACAGUACCAAAUGAAAUGUUAGUAUUGAAAAACAUGUUCCAUGACAAAAUAAAACCAACUACAGAAAUAAAUGACGCAAGACUGAAACGUUGGGUAAAAGCUUUCCCAUUCACAAAAGAUAUUAUUGGUUACAUGAAAAGAAAACCAGAAUGGCUACAAAAACAUAUAUUUGGAAACGAGCUUAUUCCAUAUGGACAAGCUCUGUUUGAAGAGCUUGAACCGGAAACUCAGGAAAGAGUCAUGCAAACAAUAAGCGAAGACUCAAAUACAAACUAUGACAAAAUCUUUCUAGGAUAUAGGUUACCUGAGAUGGGCGACCAGAGCCCAAGGGCAAAAAGGACAUGGGAAAUUUACAACAUACUAGGUGAACAUGAGGCAAAGAUGCAACAACUUGAAGCAGAGGGCAAGUUACCAAAAGCAACACCAAAGAAGAAGAGAAGA